CCAGACCGAUAUUUCGGUCUGAAUAUCCGAUUCCUGCAGUAGUGGUCGUUCUGUCCAGGCUCACAAAAUCAGGCAGCGGGUGACUCAAUAGCAGAUAAUGGCAUUGAAAACAGAAACAAGUGCUUGCGGAUGGAGGGUAAAAUCAGCAAGGAAAUGAAGAUCUGGGGGUUUGCCAAAGAAAUUGGGGUUGUGGAUUGCGGAAAUGAGGAAGAAAUUCUGCAAAGGCUCGAGACCAUGGAGGAACGUGACAGAGAAAAUUAUAGAAGAUCAAAGGCUAGUGAGGCCGAUACUGGGGGAAACAAUUGUGAGGUGGUGGAUCAUCAACUCUGUAGAGCUCUUUGGGGAUCGGAGGACUUUGAAUGGGUUGCUCAACCCUCAAAAGCUAGAACCCCUGUUUAUAUCAUCAACAUUUAUUCCCCUUGUGACCUUCCUAGUAAAAGAGCAUUGUGGGCAUCUCUCAAAAACCUUAUUACUGAAAUCGGUGGGAACUGGUGUCUAAUGGGGGAUUUCAAUGCAGUAAGAAAUGAACAGGAAAGGAAGGGUGGGAUGAGUAUAAGGAGAGAAAUGCCAGAGUUUGACGAAUUUAUUAAUGAGUGUGGCCUUGUUGAUUUACCAUUAAUUGGCAGAAAAUUCACCUGGUAUCAAUCUAAUGGAGCCUCGAUGAGCAGGCUAGAUAGAUUUCUACUCUCAGAAGAAUGGUGUCUGAAUUGGGAGAAUGUCAAACAAUGGGGCUUAAACCGUUCACUCUCUUAUCACUGCCCAAUUGUACUCAAAAACCAAAUUACAGACUGGGGCCCAAAACCAUUUCGGUUCUUUGAUGCAUGGAUGGAACUACCCCAGUUUAAAGAUAUAGUCACUGAUACCUGGAAGUCUACAGUAGUAAAUGGAUGGAAUGGGUAUCGUCUGAAGGAGAAAUUGAAGGAAACUAAGAAGGUGCUGAAAGUGUGGAGCAAGAAUAUGAUCUCUGAGAUUGACUUGGGCAUACAAAAGAGCAUUGAUUCUAUUGCCGCUAUUGAUAAAAAAAAAUGUGUGAAAGGAAGAAGAAGAAAGAAUGAUAUAUCAAGUAUCCUGGUGGGGAAUCAACGACUUGAAGAAGUCAACAGUAUGAAAGAUGGUGUGGCUAACUAUUUUGAGACACUAUUUAAAGAAGAUGUGUGGCAAUGCCCAGUCUUAGAUGGGAUUGAAUUCAAGAAGAUCUCAGAUGAGGAGAGGGCGAUGUUGGAAGCACCGUUUAGUGAGGAGGAAGUUAGACAAGCUGUGUGGAGUUGUGAGAGCACGAAUGCACCAGGACCUGAUGGAUUCAACUUCAAAUUUGUCAAGGAGAUGUGGGGAACACUUAAGGAAGACAUAAUGGGAUAUGUUUCUGAUUUUCACAAGCAUGGCAAACUGGUUAGAGGGAUGAACAGCUCCUUCAUUGUAUUAAUCCCGAAAGUCAAUAGCCCACAAAAAAUAGAAGAAUUCAGACCAAUCUCCCUAGUUGGUGUCAUGUACAAACUAAUUGUGAAAUUGUUAGCACGUAGGUUGUCUUCUGUUUUGAAUGGGAUUAUUGGGGAGAAUCAAAUGGCUUUCGUUGGUGGAAGGCAAUUAGUUGACAGUGUGGUCAUCGCAAAUGAGAUUAUUGAUGAAGCCCAGAAAAGAAAGAAGAAAGGGUUUGUGUUUAAAGCUGACUUCAAAAAAGCUUAUGACAAAGUCUGCUGGGAAUUCCUGGAUUAUAUGAUGCUUAGAUUGGGGUUUGGUCAAAAAUGGAAAAACUGGAUUAAUGAAUGUUUGAAGACAGCAAAAGUCUCAGUACUACUAAAUGGCAGCACCAACAGGCAGUUUAAGAUGCAAAGAGGGCUCAGACAAGGUGAUCCUCUCUCCCCUUUCUUAUUUUUGAUUGUGGCUGAAGGUCUUAAUGGCAUCAUCUCAUCAGCUGCAUCAUUGGGGUUGUUUAAUGGGAUUGAAAUUGGACAGUGUGGCAUGAAUGUAACCCAUCUCCAGUUUGCUGACGACACAAUUGUGUUUGGUAUGCCAAUUGGGGGUAAACGCAGAUGUAUUGCCAUGUGGAGACCCAUGAUUGAGUCCUUUAACAAGAAACUUGCCUAUUGGAAAAAUAGAUAUAUCUCUCUUGGUGGAAGGAUCACGCUCCUUAACUCCAUGCUGUCUAGCCUCCCUGUGUUUACGGUAUCUGUCCACUUGCUGCCUAAAGGUGUGAAGGAUCUUAGGAAGUUUAAUUUAGCGUUGUUAGGUAAGUGGUGGAGUAGACUGGCGGAGGGAGAGGAAGGUCUUCUAUACAGGGUUAUUCGGGAGAAAUAUGGUAGUAGUGGAGGUAAUUGGCUGAACUGGAUUGAAGAGAACAACCAGAAGGGGUCGUUAUGGUGGAGGGAUGUCUGUAGAUUAGAUUAUUCGUGCACAAGUAGAGUUGGCUGGCUUUUAGAUGGCUUUAAACUAAAGUUGGGAGAGGGUAAUUCUGUCAAAUUUUGGGAGGAUGUCUGGAUUGGGGACGAGUCACUAGCUAACAAAUUUCCCAGACUCUUUUUGAAUUCUUUAGGCAAAUCAAAGAGCAUUUCUCAAAUGGGAUUCUGGAGCAAUGGAAGCUGGAAUUGGUCAUUAGAAUGGAGGAGACCUAACUUCUCCUAGGAGGAACACUCGAUGGCAGAGCUGUGGAGGAUGCUGCAGACUAUCCAACCAAUUAAGGGACAAAAGGAUAGAUGGGAGUGGAGGCAUGAUCAUGGGAUUUAUUCAGCUAAAUCGGGAUAUCAAGCUCUUUCCAGCAACCACCAAUAGAGUAGGAUCAACUUG